GUACGCGUUCUCCCAGCUGCGGCAAGAGCGGGGCAACAGAGGGUCAGAAAAGCGGCGAGUGAUGCACAACGGGUGUCGCGCGAUCACGAUUCUUUACGACGAAGGGUUUAUCCCAGCGACAGCGUCGUCGUCGUCGUCGUCGCCGCUGCCGCCACCACCACCACCACCGCCGCCGUCGUCGUCGUCGUCGGCGGAGUGCCACCUCCACCUCCACCUCCACCGCUGCCGCCACCGCGCUAUCGAACGUGAGUCGCGCGGCGCUGCCUGCCGUCGCGCCGGUCAUAUAAAUGCUCGGCGCCGGCGGGCGCGCUCAGUAUGUGUCAUGCUCUACGGGCGCGCGCGUCGUGCGUGAUGGCGGCACGAGUGCGGUUGAAGAUGCGCCGCGGCACCGGCGUGUCGCCGCUCGCCGUUCUGCUCGCGGUGUGCGCUGUGUUGGGUCCACCGCCUGUCAAUGGGAUGUUCGAGCGCCGGCAAUGCGACCAUCAGCAUCCACGGGCGCACGAGAUAAUUCACGGCGUACACAUCGAGCCAGCGCACGAAGUAAAGAAACGUAGCAUCAGUCAGCCAGUUCGCAUUCUGCUAUCUUACGACGAGAGCGUCUUUAGGUUGGACGACGAGAAACUGGAUCUCAUUAACAAUACCAUUUUACCCGAGGCUGUGCACUUUUGGGAACGAGCACUGAUGGUGCGAGAGACGAAGAGUACCAUUAGAUUGAACAGGAAAUGCGAGAGUAGUCAAGUUUUCGUCAAGGACCACCACACACACUGUAUAGAUACUUGCCGUCCUGUUACUAUGUGCGGUGAAGUACGCGUCCCGGAGGACCAUCUUGACGUUUGCAGAACGUGCAAUGCGACGGGACACAAUUGCGGAAUAGCCGAAGGAAGUAAAGCUGGUCCGGGAAUCGACGGUGCCGAUUUUGUCUUUUAUGUAUCCGCUAUGCAGACUGAAAGAUGUCACAAGGGCUUAACAGUAGCCUACGCUGCUCAUUGUCAACAGGAAGCAGCCUUGGAUCGGCCGAUAGCUGGUCAUGCCAACCUAUGCCCGGGAAGCAUCAGCACGAAACCACAGGAGUUGGAAACAUUGCUCAGCACCGUUAAACACGAGAUCUUGCACGCUUUAGGAUUUUCUGUGAGCUUAUACGCUUUCUACAGAGACGAGAACGGUGAGCCCAGGACGCCUAGAAGAAGCGAUACUGGAAAACCACCUCUUAAUGAAAAGUUACAAACGCACCAGUGGAGCGAGAACACGAUCAAAACCGUGGUCAGGCCUCGCUGGAAAGUGCACGGCGGUUACGUGGAGAGGACCAUGCAAAUGAUAGUCACGCCUCGAGUCCGUGCCGAGGUUCAAGCGCACUUCAAUUGCCCGGAACUCGAGGGCGCAGAAUUGGAAGACCAGGGCGAGGAUGGCACAGCCCUAACACAUUGGGAGAAACGUGUAUUUGAGAACGAAGCUAUGACAGGAACGCACACGCAAAAUCCAGUUUACUCGAGGAUCACGCUUGCUCUUAUGGAAGAUACUGGUUGGUACAGCGCCAACUAUUCGAUGGCACAAGAGCUAGGCUGGGGGAAAAAUCUGGGAUGCAAUUUCGCUAUGAAAUCCUGCAAAGAAUGGAUAUCCACCAAAUCAUCCCCGUUGUCAGGAAAAUCGAUACAUCCUUUUUGCAACAAAGUGAAACAGGAUCCAUUGCAGACUGAAUGUACGGACGAUCGGAGUUCAGUGGCCUUGUGUAACCUAGUGAAACAUUCGCUACCACUACCCAAGAAAUAUCAAAACUUCGAUUCAAUUCCCCACGUACCACCGGGAGAGGAACAAUAUUACGGCGGAUCGGUAUCUCUGGCGGAUUACUGUCCUUACAUACAAGAAUUCACGUGGAGAGCGCGGAAUAUAGUGGUCAGGGGUUCUCACUGUCUUUACGAGGAGAAUAAUCCGCAUCCGGACAAGAAUUUUGCAUUAGAAAAGUAUGGUCCUCAUUCAAGGUGUUUUGAUCACACCAAUGAUAUGUGGGAAGAGAGAACUUGUAAACAAGCGCGUCAGUGGCAGCAUUGGGGCUCCGGUUGCUACUUGUAUAAGUGCGAAGCUGGAAGAUUGCACAUUAUAGUCGGCAAUUACACGUAUACUUGUUACCACGCUGGACAAGAGAUUAUUAUAAGAAUUAUGCAGAAUGGCUGGUUGCAUAAAGGUGCUCUAAUUUGUCCCCCCUGCCGAGAUAUUUGUCAGGCGGAAUUUAAAGCGCGGAACGAGUGGUGUAAACCAGGGGACGAACAUCCACCUUCUAUAUAUUAUCAUAAAGAUUAUCUUCACUGUGCGUCCGCAGAUAGUUUUAGUCUAAGUAUAUCAACGCUUAUUAUUGCAAUUUUACAUUUCAUCAUUAGAUGAUAUAAACUGUCUGUUUUUAGUUAAUUGGUUUUAAAAAGCAUUAUCUAAAUCAAGAUAUAUAAAUAUCAUUUAUUGACCUAUGUAUCAUGUUUUGAUAGCGAUAUUUUCAAUGUGGUUCAAAAAUGUUCUACGUCUCGCGAAAAUUCUAUUCUAGUUUUCACUAUUAAACAAUGAAUAUUGGCCGAGGUGACAAUCGUAAAUAGAUUUAUUAUCUACAUGAUAAAAUGUUGGCCAAAUAAAUGAUUUAAAAGAAUAAAGAAAUUAAUUGACGAUAAAUAUGUUAAAUACGCGAUAAAAAAAUAUAUUUGUAUAAUUAUACUUGGAUUUAACGUGAUGAUAAUAUGACGAGGCAUUUUUAGGUGCCAAUUUCAUAUUAUAUAUGCUUCAUCUGGAUUAUGUAUCUAGCCAAUUUGUUAAUUUUAUUAUUAUAUACAUUUUACAAUUUUCUUAUUCUGACACAUGAUAUAAUAUCGUCAUUAUUUCCUGUACGAAUACUGUCAAGAAAAGGUGAAUAAUCUCGAUCAUCGCUCAAUUCAAGACGAUGAAUAAUUAUACUGUAGGUAAUAGAAUUGUUAACAUUAUCUAAUGUGUGUACACACGGACUGCAACCGCUGCCGAUAUAAAAAUAAUAUAGGAUUUUAUGAAUAAUAUUAAUUAGUAGUUGAAAUUAAUAACUUUAAUAAGAAACGUUAUAUAUUGCUGAUAUAUAUGUAAAUGACAGUGUAAAAAUAUAUUUUGCACGAUAUGACAACGCAAGUGACAGUCGUAGAAAAAGUAGAAGAAAUAUGUAUAUAUCAGAUAUGUAUGCUACAAUUCAUACUUGCGAAACAUUAGAAAAUAGUUUUGUCAGCAAUGUAUAGCGAAUUUCUUUAAACAUUAUAAGUAAAUAAACUCGAGAUCAUGAAAAAAAGAUUGACUUUACAUUCUAUUGAGGCUAGCAUUCCAUUGUUCAUGAAAAAAAAGGUUGAUUUUACAUUCCAUUGAGGCUAUAACGAGCUCAAUUUUCUAUAAUUUUGGAUUAUGAAUAAAGCAUUAUUAAUGAAUCCGCGAUAUUCCUGUUGGACAUGUGUAUGGAAGUUCGUGUGAACAUACGUAAACAAGUCAUAUCGAAUAAUGUACGAAUAAAUGUGAAAAUUAAAGUGAUUUAAAAGAAUGACAAACCAAUUUAUAAAGGAUUGUCGAUUAUUGUGAAUCCGGAUGGAUAUCGUGGAUAUCGUAAAUGUAUAAAAAAAUAAGUCUUUGUACAUAUAGUUUCAAAAAAAUACAAAGUCUAAUAAUGCAAAAGAGAGAUUUACUACAUUUCGCAUAACAACAUAAUAUCCAAAUCUUAAUAAUUAGUAUAAUGUAUUUUAUUUGAUAAGUAUAUUAUAAAUAAUAUAUUACAAAACUUUUUUUAAAUUUCUUAUCAUUUAAAUGAUAUUCAAUACAAUUUUCGCGGAAAAUUAUUUUUAUUAUAUUUUUAAUUUAUAUGCAGUGCAGACUUACGUUUACACUUGUUAGAAUUUUUUUUAUCUAUAUGAAAAUUUACUGUUCGCGAUUUUAGGUGUUUUAUUGAAGAUAUAGAUAUCGCAACGCAAAGAUUACGCAGAUUAACCGUAAGUAAAAUAUUUGAUAAUUUCAAUCUUUUGAAAAAAAAAGAUAAGGUCAGUGGAUAGACUGUGCAUAUAUUAAAGUCUGUAUAGUAAUCAUCUUUAGGAUAAGCUAAUCCAUUUUGGAUACAAUAAAAUAUUGAGAAAUUUUUUGUUAUUUGCUUGAAAAUAGCGAUUUUAAUGUUAACAGCAUUUUUUAAACCAUUCCAAAAGAAUUACUUAUUGAUUAUUUAAAUAAAUGUGCUAAUUUCAUUAUAAUACAUAUAUUCCAAUUUGGUGCAAGAUUUUAAUGUAUAACUAUGAUGAGAAUUUUUAAUUUAAUUUUGUACAGAAAUGAUUAUAAUAUUUAACAGGUUUACUUUGUAAAGAACUUGAAGAUAUCUCAGCAUUGCAUCAAAUAUACUGAGAUCUGUAUUCGAGAACAUUUCUCGCGAAUUCCUUCUAAUGUCAUUGCUCGACAUAAGAAUGGAUUUUAUGCGUUGACAAACGCCAUUCGAUAAAUAUUAAUACUGAGCGCGUCAACUAUCAAUGAGGAAAAGACGAGUAUGUUUUAAUAAUUAUCUAAGAUCUAACUACGAUCGAAUAUAUAUGUAUAAGCGUGUGUGUAUGUGUGUAUGUGUGUUUGCAGCUAUUUGAAUGCAUCAUGGACAUCACUACAAUACAUAUACUAAAUCAUAGAUUGUUCCCAAAAUUCUGAGCUGUUAGUCUAUUAGAUUUUUAAGAAAAUGAUUACAAACUUAUAUAAAGUUGUUAGAAUACAUGUUUUAGCUAUUAAUUUGUUAUUUAAUUUUUAAUAACAUCUUUGUUAUAAUAGUUAUUACAAAAAAUAUAUUACAAUUUAAAAAAUUACAAUUUUCAUAAAAACGUGUAUUAGAAUGGUGCAGCAGCUCAGAAAAAUUGUACAUACAAUUCUAAACUUUUUUUAAACACAAACUGGAAAUAUAUGUAACAUUUACGAAUAAUACUAUUUUACAAUAUUUUAUGUGUAUAUAUUAUGUUUUUAUUGAAAUUUUAAAAAAAUUUUAACACAUUGGAUGUACAGAAAUAUUAAUAGAAAAUGGUAAAUUACAGAGUUUUUAAAUAAUUUGCAAGUAAUAUUAGACAGACUUUAAUUUGAUUUUAUUGCAAAUUAUUGCAAUGCACAUAUUGCAAAUUACUUGUAAUGUUAUCUCAUGAUUUAAUUUUCAUUGUGAGCUUAAUAAGUAAUAUACUAUUACUUGUUAAACAUAAAGCAUAAUUAAAACUUUAAUUUUAUUUUUAUGAAUAAUUGUGCCAUUAUUAAAAAGAAAUAUUCUGUAUGCUUUAUAUGACAAAAAAUUACACAAAUAUAAUUGUCUAGAUUAAAAUUCAUUAUACAAGUUAAAACUUUGUUGAUAUCAGUAAAAAUUAUGUAAUGAAAAAAUUAAUAAUUAAAUAAAGCUUAAAUACGUAUUGUAAGCUCUAAAAAUAUGUUUAAGAAGUGAGAUUAUUUUUACAGGUAUCAAAGAAUCAAUGUAACGAUAUAUACCAUUUACAGAUAUACUUCAGUUUAAUAACGAGAAAUAAUAACUAAUAGCUAAUAAGUUUUAAUAUUAAUACCAUUGUAUAUGCGCCGAUUUUAUCGCAAAAUUGAUGCACUUAAUCCUCCUCUUGUGGGUUUUUGAUUAAUGUAAAUGUCGGUAAAUAUUUUCUUGUCUUCUUACAAAUACAUGAACUUUUCAUAAUUCUGAAAAUAUUUGGAUAUUGGUGUCCCAAAAAACAACUUUUUAAAAUAACAAAAACGAGCUUAUAGCUGAGAUAAGGAAAACUAUUUAUAAUCAUAUCAUAAUAAUACAAACGUCAUCACAAAGGAGGAUUUAUGAUGCCAAUCUUGCAUUAUAUAGCAUUAAUCUUUUUUAAUUUAAAAUGUACAGACUUAUAGUACAUAACAAAACUAUUGUGAACACAUAUUUUGAAAUUUAUUUUAUCUGGAUCAUUUAAUGCAAAAUAUUCUUGAUUAUUGAUAAGCAUUUAAGCAAUUUAUUUGCAUCGUAGCACAUAAAAAAGUGCUCACUACCUCGGCUACGUUAAGCAAUCUGUAUUUUAUUGCAAUCGCCGUUAAAGAGGUAUGUAAGGAAUGUAAUAUUGUAAACACUUCUAGUAUUUUGUUUUUAUGAAUAUAAGAAUUCUGUAUACAAAUUAAUAAACAAUUAAAAA